GUUAGAAAAGGAGAGAUGAUCUUAUUUUCAAAUCACGAAAGAGGCUGCUUUAAAAAAAUAAGAAAUCUCCUCCCUCUUUCUGUAUCGUGAAAUCUGAAUCCCGCCCACAGGCACCCCAAUACCCCGUCUUUCUUUCUUAUUGGCCACCGGAGAAUGGACUCAGACUCUCCGGCCGGCAGCUCACUGGACGAUUUCGUGACCGUUGAAACUCCGGCGAAUGAGGGUUCUCCGACUCACCUGAAUUCUGUCCCUUGUGAUUUUUCUGCCGAAGUUGGUGCACUGGACAACAAUUCUCUUCCUGAAGAGCUUUCAAGAAAUGUUGUGUUUCUAUCGUGCGACAAUUCCGAGGGCGAUACUUGUCACGUUUAUUUGGUGGGAACCGCUCAUGUGUCUCAGGAAUCAUGCAGAGAAGUUCAAGCUAUUAUUAGUUGCUUGAAGCCACAGGUUGUUUUCCUGGAGCUCUGUUCAAGUCGAGUGUCUAUACUUACCCUAAAGGAUUUAAAGCAGGUACCAACUAUGACUGAAAUGAUAGAUAUGUGGAAGAAAAAACAUAAUAUUUUUGGAGUACUGUACAGCUGGUUUCUCGCAAAGAUUGCUUGUAGACUUGAAGUUCUCCCUGGCUCUGAGUUCCGAGUAGCAUUUGAAGAAGCAAUGAAGCAUGGCAGCAAGGUCAUACUAGGUGAUCGUCCUGUACAAGUUACAAUACGGAGGACAUGGGAUAAAAUGCCACUUUGGCAUAAGAUAAAAUUAGUGUAUGCUUUUCUCUUCCAAGCAGUGUUUCUACCAAGCUCAGAGGAGCUAAAUAGAAUGUUAGAGGAAAUGGGUGAUAUUGAUAUGCUGACUCUCGUGAUUCAAGAGCUGAGUAAAGAGCUGCCCACACUGAUGGAAACACUUGUGAAUGAGCGAGAUCUGUAUAUGUCUUCAACAUUAUUGAGAGUUGCAAGAGAGCAUACUUCAGUGGUUGCCGUUGUUGGGAAGGGUCAUCUGCCAGGUAUAAAGAAGAACUGGAAGCAGCCUGUUGAGGUAAAUACACUUCUGGAGAUUCCAACAAGUCGUCCUAUCCUUUCAGCAAUGAAGAUCCUUACAGCUGUUGGUGUAGCAGUUGCUGGGACAGCUAUAGUUUCGGGUAUAUAUUUUGCAUCAAAGAAGCAGUCCUAGCUGCAAGUUUCUUGUUUCUGAAGCUUCUUGACUCGGAGAUUGUCCAUAUUGAGGUCAAAGGUAAAACACAUGGAAGUUACAAAAUGUCAAAAUGUUCGCUCGUUGACAGAAGCUGAUUUCCCCUUACUGAUAAUUGAUCUUCUGGUGCUCGUGUUUCGAAACUAAUUUGUCAUUGAGGAUGUCUCAAGUGAAAAUAGUCAUCCGAAUAUAUGAUUCACAACGCCUCUAUCAACAUCGUCCGUGGUUGUAGGAGGGAUGAGCUGUAAUUUGAGUGAAUAAUUCCCGAUAUGUAUCCCUGUUUCUAUACACUUUCUUUUACCUUUAUUCUUUAAUGAUAUGAAACCAAUAAUUCUUCUUUUA